GUCCUCAAAAUAUCCCGUCAUAAAAUAACGACCUGAUUCGAUAUCUUGAGCCGUUCUUCUCCCUUUCUAUCAGCAGAGAAGAAGGGCGACGUUGGAAAGAGAGCGAGAGAGAGAGGAGCUGCAAUGGCCGCCACCGCAAACGCUUCUUCUCUCCACAACGUCUUCGUCUACGGCACUCUGAUGGCGGACGAGGUGGUGCGAACCAUCCUCAAGCGCGUGCCCCCCGCCUCUCCCGCCGUCCUCAACGAUUACCACAGGUUUAGCAUCAAGGGGCGUGUUUACCCAGCAAUUCUGCCGGUUGAAAGUAAGAAGGUGAAAGGCAGGGUUCUUUUGGGGAUUACAGAUCAGGAGUUGGAUAAACUGGAUUCAUUUGAAGAUGUGGAAUAUGAAAGGAGAACUGUUGAAAUUUCUCUGCUAGACAAGUCAGAGAAAUUACUUGCUAAUGCAUAUGUUUGGAGUGACAAGAAUGACCCAAACCUGUACAGUGAAUGGGAUUUCGAGGAAUGGAAGCGUUUGCACAAGAAAGAUUUUGUUACAAUGACAUUGGGUUUUAUGGACGAUUUGGAGCAGCCUGAUUCGAAGACCAGGGUGGCUACAUAUGAAUCCUAUUUCCAUCAAGGUCAAAGCGCGUGAGGAUUAUAUUCAUUGUUUCAAAAGAAAUAAGAAACUUAUUGGUUAGUAAUCUAUAUCUAGUGAUAUAUGUUCAAAUAAUUAAAAAGUUACUAUUUGUUUAUUCUGCAUCUGCUUAGA